AUGGCCUGCAAGCCAUCCCAAGCCCCUUGGUGGGCCUGCCCACCAUCCUGGGACCCAUGGUGGGCCUGCCCACCAUCCUGGGACCUGUGGCGGGCCUGCCCACCCUCCCGGGACCUGUGGCGGGCCUCUAUGCCAUCCCGGGACCUGUGGUGGGUCUCCCCACCGUCCCGGGACCUGUGGAAAGCUGCCCGCCAUCACAGGGCCCCCGUGGUGGGCCUGCAAGCCGUCCUGGGCUUUGUGGCGGGCCUGCAAGCCGUGCCGGGCCCUGCGGCGGGGCUGAAAGCCGGGCCUGCAAGCCGUGCCGGGCCCCGUGGCGGGCCUGCCGACCGUCCCUGGACCCGUGUCAGGCCUCCCCACCGUCCCGGGACCCGUGGCGGGCCUGCAAGCCGUGCCGGGCCCUGUGGAGGGCCUGCCCACCGUCCCUGGACCCGUGUCAGGCCUCCCCACCGUCCCGGGACCCGUGGCGGGCCUGCAAGCCGUGCCGGCUGGGUGAGGGCCUGCCCACCGUCCCUGGACCCGUGUCAGGCCUCCCCCACCCGUCCCCGGGACCCGUGGCGGGCCCGCCAAGCCGUGCCGGGCCCUGUGGAGGGCCUGCCCACCGUCCCUGACCCUCAGGCCUCCCCGACCGUCCCGGACCCGUGGCGGGCCUGCAAGCCGUGCCGGGCCCUGUGGAGGGCCUGCCCACCGUCCCUGGACCCGUGUCAGGCCUCCCCACCGUCCCUGGACCCGUGUCAGGCCUCCCCACCGUCCCGGGACCCGUGGCGGGCCUGCAAGCCGUGCCGGGCCCUGUGGAGGGCCCCCACCGUCACCUGGACCCGUGUCAGGCCUCCCCACCGUCCCGGGACCCGUGGCGGGCCUGCAAGCCGUGCCGGGCCCUGUGGAGGGCCUGCCCACCGUCCCUGGACCCGUGUCAGGCCUCCCCACCGUCCCGGGACCCGUGGCGGGCCUGCAAGCCGUGCCGGGCCCUGUGGAGGGCCUGCCCACCGUCCCUGGACCCGUGUCAGGCCUCCCCCCGCCCCUACCGUCCGUGGACCCGUGGCGGGCCCUGCAAGCCGUACCGUGCUCUGUGGAGGGCCUGCCCACCGUCCCUCCCUGGACCCGUGUCUGCCUCCACGUCCCGGACCGUGCGGUCCCCUGCCCGGACCCGUGUCAGCCUCCCCACCGUCCCGGCGACCGCAAGCGGGCCUUCAAGCCGUGCCGGGCCCUGUGGAGGGCCCUGCCCACCAGUCCUGGGAACCCGUGGUUCCCGUAGUCAGGCCCUCCCACCGUCCCUGGACCCGUGUCAGGCCCCUCCCCACCGUCCGGGAACGUGGCGGGCCUGCAAGCCGUGCCGGGCCCUAUGGAGGGCCUGCCCACCGUCCCCGGGAACCCGUGUCAGGCCUCCCCGCCCCACCGUUCCCGGGACCCGUGGUCGGACCUGCAAAGCCCGUGCCGGGCCCUGUGGAGGGCCUGCCCACCGUCCCUGGACCCGUGUCAGGCCUCCCCACCGUCCCGGGACCCGUGGCGGGCCUGCAAGCCGUGCCGGGCCCUGUGGAGGGCCUGCCCACCGUCCCUGGACCCGUGUCAGGCCUCCCCACCGUCCCGGGACCCGUGGCGGGCCUGCAAGCCGUGCCGGGCCCUGUGGAGGGCCUGCCCACCGUCCCGUGA